UGUUCCUUUGGAUUCUCGUCGACGAAGGCUCGGUCUCCUCUCUGCCGCGUCCGCCGGCGCCGGCACUGGGGCGCAGCAGGGUGGCGCGGGAGCACGCCAGAGGCUCGGUGGGCCCGAUGAGGAAUGCGGCGGCCGGGUUUCAACGAGUCAAAAGGGGCUGGGUGUGGAACCAGUUCUUUGUACUCGAGGAGUACAUGGGGUCUGACCCGCAGUACGUGGGCAAGCUGCACACCGACCUCGACGGGGGGCACAGCGCGGUGAAGUACACUCUCUCGGGAGACGGGGCCGGCUCCAUCUUCACGAUUGACCAGACGACCGGAGACAUCCACGCCUUGAGGAGUCUCGACCGGGAGGUGAAGCCGUACUACACCCUGCGCGCCCAGGCCGUCGACAUCGACACCAACAGGCCCCUGGAACCUGAGUCCGAAUUCGUCAUCAAGGUCCAAGACAUCAACGACAACGAGCCGAAGUUCCUGGAGGGACCGUACACCGCCACCGUGCCCGAGAUGUCCCCAGUAGGGACGUAUGUGACGCAGGUGACGGCCACGGACGCAGACGACCCCACCUACGGGAACAGCGCCCGCGUGGUGUACAGCAUCCUGCACGGCCAGCCCUACUUCUCCGUGGACCCCAAAACAGGUGUCAUAAAGACGGCGCUGCCCAACAUGGACCGGGAGGUGAAGGAGCAGUACCAGGUGCUGAUCCCAGGCCAUGAUGGGGGGGGGGGGGGUCUGGCCGGGACCACCACCAUCAACAUCAGCCUCAGCGACGUCAACGACAACCCGCCCCGCUUCUCCAAGAGUUUCUUCCACCUGAGGGUUCCCGAGUCGUCGGCGGUGGGCUCGGCCGUGGGGAGGAUCCGAGCCCACGACCUGGACGUGGGCCGGAACGCCGAGGUGGAGUACACCAUCGUCCCCGGCGACGGCGGCGCCAUGUUCGACAUCGCCACCAACGAACACAACCAAGAGGGCGUCAUCAUCCUCAGAAGGCCCCUGGACUACGAAAGCAAGAAGGCGUACACCUUCAAGGUGGAUGCCUCCAACGCUCAUCAGGAUCGGCGAUACCAAAGCUUUGGGGCCUUCAAAGACACGGCGACGGUGAAGAUUAACGUUUUGGAUGUGGAUGAGCCCCCGGUGUUCAAUAAGCCCUCCUAUGUGAUGGAUGUGUACGAGGACACGCCCGCGGGCACCAUUAUCGGAGCGGUGACGGCUCAGGAUUUAGAUGCCAGCAGCGGUCCAGUCAGGUACUCCAUCGACUGGAAGAGUGACAUGGACAGCUACUUCGACAUCGAUCCGGUGGAGGGAACGAUUUCCACCAACGAACUCCUCGACAGGGAGAGCAUCGCCCGGCACAACAUCUCCAUCGUGGCCACCAAACUUAACAGCCCGGUGCUGACCAGCCGUGUGGCCAUCACCGUCAACGUGCUGGACAUCAACGAGUUCCCCCCCGAGCUCGCCAGUCCUCACGAGACCUUCGUUUGUGAGAACACCAAAAUGGGACAGGUGAUUCAGACGUUCGGUGCUCAGGACCAGGACCUGCCGUCGGCCGGACAACGGUUCUCCUUCAAGUCCCCCAGAGACGACGGGAAGAACACGAACUUCACCAUCCGGGACUUUGGAAACAACUCGGCGGGCAUCGUGACCAAGCGGAGCGGCUUCCGGCGGCGCUUGCAGGAGAUCUACUUGGUCCCCGUGGUGAUCGACGACAACGGCUACCCCCCGAAGAGCAGCACCGGCACCCUGACCGUGCGCGUGUGCGGCUGCGAGUCCAACGGCUCGCUGCUCACCUGCAGCGCCGAGGCCGUCUUCCUCCCCGUGGGCCUCAGCACCGGAGCGCUGGUCGCCAUCCUCCUCUGCAUCGUCAUCCUGCUCGUAAUCGUGGUCCUCUACGUGGGCUUACGGCGGCAGAAGAAGAAAGAAACCCUGAUGUCAUCCAAAGAGGACAUCCGGGACAACGUGAUCCACUACGACGACGAGGGCGGUGGCGAGGAGGACACGCACGCCUUUGACAUGGGGACGCUCCGCAAUCCCAAGGUCGUCAAGGAGAACCUGUUCCGCCGGGACGUGAAACCCGAGAUGAAACGAGGUCCCAGGGCGCCGGUCUCGCAGGACAGCGCCGACAUCCGAGAUUUCAUCGGCCAGCGUCUGAAGGAGCACGACGCGGACAACGCGGUGCCGCCCUACGACUCCUUGGUCACGUACGCCUACGAGGGCGACGGCUCCGUGGCGGAGUCGCUCAGCUCCGUCGACUCUCUCGCCGUAGACGUCGAGGAGGACUACGAGUACCUCGACGACUGGGGGCCGCGCUUCAAGACUCUGUCGGGGAUAUUUGUGGAGCGCUCGGAAACUCAGUCGGACUCGACCACAGCGGAGAACACGCAUUGAUCACAGACUCGAAAAGAAAGAAAAAAGCAAAUAUGUAACAAUGUUCUUUAAGUGGGCGUCGCACACACACACACACACAAAUCAUGUUUUACCAGUUUGUCUUCCCAUUUUAUCCAUUUUCAUCUUUUUUUCUCCAGCUCAGCGGUUUCUAUUUCAUGUGGUACUUUAUCAUGCUCACUCUCAAAAUUGUAAAAAAAAAAUGGAAAAAAUGGAAAAAAAAACAAAGGGGGAACAUAUAGUUAUGUAAUUAAAUGAGCCAAGGAGCCAAUAAAUUAUAUUUCAUUUGAAUGUUCUUGUCUUACAUUUGGUUUCCUGUUGGGGGAAAACGCAUACACAUGGAAAUGUUGCCAUUUCCUAGAACAUCCUUAAAAGUGCCUCAAUAUAAUUAUUCUAUCGCUAUUUCAUGCCACAUAUCCAGUGUUGUCCUUUAGAAGCCCAUUGGUUACGCAGAUGCAGUCAGCAUACUGCGCUCUGAUUGGCUCCAAGCAUCCACCAAGACCAUCGACAAUGAAGUGGCACCAGGUUUUGGGCCAAAGAUGUUUUAAAUGUUAUUUAUUCUUCUAUUUAUUUAUUGGCCGAUUUGAGUUUUUAUUCGAUUUUUUUGCGUAUAUUUAUUUAUUUAUCUCUCAAGUCAUCAAACCUGUAAUUUUUAUUUUAUUUUUGGAAAACACUCGAGGAAUUUUGUAAUAAAAAAAAAAAGGCCCACAUGAAAAUGUAUGUUUCUGUUAGGUGGGUCCUUGUGAAUAGACUUGUACUAGAGUUGUAAAAAUAUUAGGGCUAAAUACUGCAGUUCAGUCAUGUAAUAAAGACAGUUUUCUUAA